ACAAUUAAAUUUAUGGCAGAGCAGCAGCAAAUUAGUCCAAUCGAUCACCCAAUCCACGCAGUAAAAGCAGGAUGGAAAAUGACGGCCAGAUGAAAAAAGAUUAUAAUUAACUUCACCCAGAGGGAAUGAAGGUGAGAUCUGGAAGAGACGACCAGGUUAUAUAUAUUUGUUGCCAGUAUUGGAUAAAGGAGGAUGGGAGGGGACACAAAAGAAGGAGGUCAAGGCUGCGGACCUAGAGGAUUGCCAUCCAUUGCAGAGAAUGACACAUUUCUAAAAAGGUUCCGACUAAUAGAAAAGAUUGGAGAAGGAUCGUAUUCUGAGGUUAUUAAAUGCAAAAACGUGGAAACGGGCACUUUUGUAGCAUGUAAGAGGUUGAGACAUGUUUAUAAGAGUUGGAAUCAAGUCAAUGAUAUUCCAGAGGUGACCACCCUAAGAACAUUGGCUCGGCAUCCCCAAAUCCUUCAAAUGUUGGAGAUUCAUUACGAUGUCAAGCAAGGAAAGGUUUCAUUAGUUUUCGAAAUCAUGGAUAUGAAUUUGUACGAGUUUAUCAAAGAUCGAAAAAGAUUACUUCCAGAGAGCACAGUUCGACUUUUCAUGUACCAGUUGCUGAAAGCUCUACGUCAUCUUCAUAAAUAUGGUGUGUUUCAUCGCGACAUCAAACCAGAAAAUAUACUCAUUCGACUAAAGUCAAACGUGCUGAAAUUAGGAGAUCUAGGUUCUGUUCGUGGGGUCUACAGUCAACCACCAUUUACAGAGUACAUUUCAACAAGAUGGUAUCGUUCCCCUGAAUGUUUGCUAACUGCAGGACAAUAUGGGUUCAAGAUGGAUAUAUGGGCUGCAGGAUGUGUAUUCUAUGAAAUCCUGACUUUGCAACCAUUGUUCCCUGGAUCAAGCGAAAUAGACCAAAUUAAUCGAAUUCAUAGCAUUAUGGGACCACCAUCUCAUAAGACUUUACAGAAAUUUUCAAAAUUCGCGGAGAGUGACAAAAAAUUGUAUCGUUCAAAAAAUCAGCAGAAUCGUUGGGAUUCAAUGUUAAAAGUAAUCAACGAGUUCUGGAAAAAUCCAAAGUACGAUGAAGGCAAGUCAAAAGCUUUUGAUUGGAAUAAUAAUUCGACGGGGAAAGAAAUCGGACUUGAUCGUAAACUCCCAGCAUUCCUCACUGCUGGGGCUCGAGAUCUUGUAAAACAAAUGUUAACCUAUGACCCUGAUGGGAGACCUACUAGUCAAAGAGUUAUGAAUCAUCCAUAUUUCAAUGAUGUCAGAGAUUUUAAAGUUCCCGAGAGCGAAAUUGUCAAGACCCCAAUAAUUGCAGUUUGUGGUGACGAACUUGGAAGGAUUAUGAUAUCUCAAUACUAUGGUCAUCUAGAUUUGAAGACGUUAGGAGAUAAGAAACCCCAAAAAAGAAUCAAAAUGCAAUUUUCCACACCUCAGAAACAACAAGCAUCAACGACUGUAAAAAAGUCAUCAUCUCCCAUUCUUCGAGGAGGUUUGUCUCCAGAAACUCCAAAGGGACAGAGGGACAAAGCGGUGCUGAACGCUUCCGACAUUAAUAAGAAACCGACUAAUCCUAAUAUACGAUCUCGCACUCUUAAACCCAAUUUGCCAACUCGCGAUAGCAAAAAUAAGCUCCAUGUAACUUCAAAUCAAGGUGAUUCUCCACACAAAAAAACUGUAAUAACAACGGAUAAAUCAGUCAUCGGAGUUCCUUCGGGAAAUAAAAAUCAAGAUGCUGUUAUAGAAAAUAAAUCCCCAAAUAAUAAACCUAAAAUAGUUCGACAAAUGGUCGAGACCAUUUCAAGCAGUAAACCGUCACCACCACCCCCAGCAGCAGCAAUGCCAUCAUUACGCUACAAUCUAACGAUGAUGGACAAGAAUAACAAUAACUCGGUCGUUACAAAGAGACCAAACGUAACUCACAAAUAUGCAGGAGCAGCAAUCUAUCGCUCUGAAAAAAUAUCCACUAAUAUUGCAAAAGAAACAAGAAUGGCGUUAAUUGCACAGAGUUUAGAAAAUGUUCGUCAAAAAGCAAAAAAUGUUGAAAAUAACAACUCCAACAACUAUGCUGCCAAAGCAGCAAAGCGUUUAGGACUAAGCUAUCCCCAAACCUCUACCGAUUGUAACAACAAUAAACUACUACAACAACAACUACCUUCAAAAUAUGCAGAUCCGCUUGCAGAAAAAAAUUCUGGUGCUCGUAUCGUAAAAGAGAUACGAAAUCUACAUAUAUUGGAAAAGACAAAUGAUGCUGCCAAGGUCGCUGCUGUGGGACAAGUGGAAUUAAGCAGCCCUUUACUUAAGAUUAGUUUGAGGGACAGUGAUGAUAUGGAUUCAGGCGCAAGAGUAUGCAAUAGAAUAGCUCCACUGCAUUCUAAAUUCAAAGGCGAAAAUCCAUCCGCCCCUAUAGAAAAUACUACCAAUACAAGUAUUGAAAAGGUUACACGGAUUGCGCAGAUAUUGGAAAACCGACAUCAUAAAACAAGACGGUUUGAAAGUGACGCUUCCCUUCAAAUCAAAACAUUGGGCAUAUACAAUGAACCGGAAGAAAGGGACUCGACGUUAUCGAGUAUAGAGAUAAAGAAACCAAUCAAUCCCAUCAUAAAACCUUAUACUCUCAAACUCAGAUCCAAUCAAGAAAAUAACAAACAUAAACUUAUUGAAACCAACUCCACUCCACAAGAGUCGUCGUCUCCGCCUAGUAAAAAUGGACGAACCGAUAAGCAUAAUGGAGGUGCUACUUCUUUUGUUAGUAAAAACCAAUCUCUUGAAGACCCUAUGCAGUACGAGAAACAUGACAUCGCAACAAGCACAAAACUUGACAAUAUAAAAAUGCGCUCUAUUGCACCAGAUUUGGGUAAUCGAACCCAAGAGUCAAGUCUUCCGUCUACCAUGGCCAAAGAUUGGAAUUUCAAUGUUGUUACAACCACGAAACCACCAUUGCCUCCAAAAUAUACCGGUGUGGUUGCAUACCGUUCAGAAUUGUCGGAACAAGCACCUGCUACAACUAGUGUCACGAAAGAAGCACGGAUUGCCCAAAUUUUAGAAAAUGCCGUUCAGAAUCAGAACUCAAGAAGGACAACAAAACCAGCUUUGUUGGAGCCCAAGACAUUUGGGGUAUUCAUUGAACCCGCAGCACUUAAGAGACGAACUGAAAGAAUUAGGGCUCAGCUUCGAGAUGAAGUUUAUUGUUCAUCUGACGAUGACAUUGUUUCUACAAUGCGUCAAAAGCUGGACAUACUCAUAAGUGAGCGUGCACGACGAGCUAGGGGAAGUAGUCACAAUUCUCCGAAUAAUAAUGGUGAUGAGGAAGGUCAAAAUUUUGAAUCAAAACCGAAAAAUUUGCGACCAAGAAAGCUAUUAAAGAAAGAGACCUUGAAUACAGCAGAAGGGGACGCUGGUGGGAAAUCUAUGCAUUCUUUGUCAGUCGGCGAUGUGAAAAAGGGAAGACAACCGUUUUCGAAUUACAACAAUAAUCAACUGUAAAAAGUAACUAUUUAGUUAAUAACUUUAAAAUUUGAAACUUGCAAAGUUUCGCCCUAGUAGAUUCAGAAAAAGUUGUCAUUUAUUCUUUAAAGCCUAAAAUGAUGCAGUUGUAAAAAAUACACUGGUUAAUUAAUUCUAAUACUAUAUACCAGACCAAAUGUAAAAAUAAUGUUUGAAAUAUUGAUAACUUCAAAUUAUUUUUUUACGAGGUGAAACUGAAUUUGAAACAAAAUUGGAUCAAAAACAGGAAAUAUCCAUUUAUGCAAAACAUAACUGCGCUAA